CUCCCUCUUUAACACCAACGCUUUGACACAUCAAAAAAAUAAAAAAUAAAAAAGUUCCAACAAUUUUGUUUUUUGAAUUUUCUCCCACAAAAAAAAAAAAAAAAAAAAAAUGGGAGUUCUUGGUGUAGCUUCCAAGAUCUGUUUUGCUCUGAUUGUAAUCCAGCUUAGUGCACAACAGACAAAUGCUGCAAUUCCUUCGAAAACAAGAAUAGCGAUCAACAAGGCCAAUCAAAAAGGCCCUUACGUUGGAAUAGUGAUUCCAAAUCUUUUCGAAUUGAACCCUCUGCUUAAGCAUUCCGACUACAAAGCUAGAAGUUUGAACAUUGACGUUUCUGGAAGGAGAUUCCGGUUCGGAGCUAUUGCUGGCCAGAAAGUCAUAUUAGUCGUGUCAGGCCUUGGCAUGGCCAAUGCAGCUAUAACGACUCAACUUCUAUUGACCAUCUUCAAUGUAGAAGGACUGUUGCACUAUGGAAUAGCCGGGAAUGCGAACCCUUCCCUCAACAUUGGAGAUGUGGUCAUUCCUCAAAGCUGGUCGCAUACUGCCCUCUGGAAUUGGCAGAGAUAUGGACAAGGGCGUGAAGACGAGCUACCUCUUGAAGCAAAUGGAGACUACACGAGAGAAAUAGGGUACAUUAAAUUUGCAGAUUAUACAGUGAAUGUCUCGCAUUCCAGCUCCUACGACAAUCUCUUCAAUAAUAUUUGGUACCAACCUGAAGAAGUUUUCCCAGUAGAUGGGACUCCUGAAGAGAGACAGCAUAUCUUCUGGAUUCCUGUUGAUCCUCUCUAUUAUAAUCUCUCUCAAAAUUUGGAGGGUCUAAAACUGGAAGAUUGCGUAAACUCAACAACAUGUUUGACCACAACGCCAAAGGUGGUGAGAGUGGAAAGGGGAACAAGUGCGAGCAUUUACUUAGACAAUGCAGCGUACCGCGGCUUCUUAUAUGAAAAAUUCAAUGUCAGCCCCGUGGAAAUGGAAAGUGCAGCCGUGGCCUUAAUUAGCUAUCAGCAGAAGAUCCCUUUCAUUGUUAUAAGAGCUCUCUCCGACUUGGCCGGCGGUGGCUCUGCCGACUCUAAUGAGGCCGAUACUUUCAUCAACCUUGCCGCCAAUAAUUCUGUGGCUGUUGCCGUUGAAUUUGUCAAGCAGUUUUCAACUGCCACUUUGGCAGCUUAUUAGGAAUAUUGCAUAUGAUGGUGUUCAUAUAUGUGAAAUCUAAAGUAUCCAGGAAAGUACAAAACUCGUAAGACACAAUUAAACCAUGUGGACGCAACAUAUAUGGGUCGCAUGUAUAUGGUUGUGUUUUGGGAGUUUGGUAUUCCUGGAGUACCGAUGAUUUCCUCCAUAAUGUGGAAAGGCAUGUUUUUCUAUGUGGCCCUUGUAGUCC